AUGUGGGCCGGCCGCCAUCCGGCUGCCGCCUCCCCGGACGCCGCUUCACUCUUGCGGCUGCUGCUGGCCGCGCUCCUGGCGGCCGGGGCGCUGGCCAGCGGCGAGUACUGCCACGGCUGGCUGGACGCGCAGGGCGUCUGGCGCCUCGGCUUCCAGUGCCCCGAGCGCUUCGACGGCGGCGACGCCACCAUCUGCUGCGGCAGCUGCGCGCUGCGCUACUGCUGCUCCAGCGCCGACGCGCGCCUGGACCAAGGCGGCUGCGACAACGACCGCCAGCAGGGCGCCGGCGAGCCCGGCCGCGCGGACAAAGACGGCCCCGACGGCUCGGCAGUCCCCAUCUACGUGCCCUUCCUCAUCGUCGGGUCAGUGUUUGUCGCCUUCAUCGUCUUGGGGUCCCUCGUGGCUGCCUGCUGCUGCAGAUGCCUCCGGCCCAAGCAGGAACCGCAGCUGAGCCGGGCCCCGGGAGGGCCCCGCCUGGUGGAGACCAUCCCCAUGAUCCCGAGCGCCAGCACCUCGCGGGGUUCCUCCUCCCGCCAGUCCAGUACGGCCGCCAGCUCCAGCUCCAGUGCCAACUCGGGGGCCCGGGCACCCCCGACCAGGUCCCAGACCAACUGUUGCCUGCCCGAGGGCACCAUGAACAACGUGUAUGUGAACAUGCCCACGAACUUCUCUGUGCUCAACUGCCAGCAGGCCACCCAGAUCGUGCCCCAUCAGGGGCAGUACCUCCACCCCCCCUUCGUGGGGUACACCGUGCAGCCAGACUCGGUGCCCCUGACCCCGGUGCCCCCGUUCCUGGAUGGGCUGCAGACAGGCUACAGGCAGCUCCAGGCUCCCUUCCCUCACACUAACAGUGAACAGAAGAUGUACCCAGCGGUGACCGUGUAA